CGCGCGGUGCUCGGUGCGCGCCACCGCCCCUCCGGCCCAGCUUGCCGGCCCUCCCUCCAUACCCCCUCGGCCCGCUCUCGUCGCCCCCACCCCUUCUCCUCUCCUCGGCCCGGCGGCCCGGUGGGCGGUGCGGCGCGACGAUCGCGGCCUGGCGAUCGGGGCACGGUGGUCGUGGCGCUCGAGGGUGGCGCGCAAGGCGCGGGGCGCGAGGCCAGACCUGGCGCGGCGGGGUGUGGGGGGCGGGCAGCUGCGGAGCCCCCAGAGAAGAGCAGGGGCUGGGGGGUACCGAGGCAAGUGAGACACGGGACCUGAAGGAGCACCAUGGCAGUAUUUCUGGAGGCCAAGAAUGCCCAUUCGGUCCUGAAACGGUUCCCUCGUGCCAAUGAGUUCCUGGAGGAGCUGCGCCAGGGCACCAUCGAGCGGGAGUGCAUGGAGGAGAUCUGCAGCUACGAGGAGGUCAAGGAGGUGUUUGAGGACAAGGAGAAAACGAUGGAGUUCUGGAAGGGGUACCCAAAUGCAGUCUACUCAGUCCGAGACCCUGCACAAAGCUCAGACGCCAUGUACGUGGUGGUGCCCCUUCUGGGGGUGGCAUUGCUGAUUGUCAUCGCUUUGUUCAUCAUCUGGAGGUGCCAGCUGCAGAAGGCCACCCGCCACCACCCCUCGUACGCUCAGAACCGGUACCUGGCAAGUCGCGCAGGGCACAGCCUCCCCCGGGUCAUGGUCUACCGGGGCACUGUGCAUAGCCAGGGGGAGUCUUCUGGGCACCGGGAGACAGGGGGCCACCCACAAGUGGUGCUGGGGCCCAGUCGGGGGGGCAGAACCACGGUCCGCCUCGAGAGCACCCUCUACCUCCCUGAGCUCUCUCUCUCCAGACUGUCCAGUGCCACCCCUCCCCCGUCCUAUGAGGAGGUGACUGCCCCCCAGGAGAGCAGCAGUGAGGAGGCCAGUGUCUCUUACAGUGACCCGCCUCCAAAGUAUGAGGAGAUAGUCGAUGCCAACCCUGGCUCAGACAAGUAGUGGGGCUUGUGUCCUGUCCAGUGUGAAAGGCUCAUACAGGGGCCUCCUCUUUUCUUUUUAACUUUUUAAAGACUGUGCCACCACAAAACAGCCUUAGCCUCCUCGUUGCCAAAUAAUUUCCUAACCGUGGAUUUGUAGGAAGUCAGUUGUCAGAGACAGGUGAAGGGGGUAGGGAUCACGCAUGCAUCAAAACCCCUGGGGAGAGCCUCAGUCCCAAGAACCUCGCUCUUCCAUAAGCCCCCUCACCCCUGCCAUCCCGUCCUCCUGUCAGGGACUGGCUUCUCUUAUGCCAAAGGAGUCGCCGCAUUGAGUUGAUUGUGGCCGGAAGGUCCGUGGGUUCGGGCCCCAGGGCCACACAGCUGGCUGAGACCUAUUUGUCUAGAAGCCCCACCACAGAGAUGAGGGAGGGAAGCCAGUCCUUUAGUGCCCAUUUCCACCUUAGCCCUGCACUCCUGUCCUUGCCACAUUUGAGGACAGGGACAAGGACCGAAUAAAAACAAAAAGAGUCGUAACAUAACGAACACCAUAAAACAAAACGUUAUCACCUGGGCCAUCCCUAGGGGUCCAAGGAAACUAUUCGCACAGAUCUGUGACACUCCACUUUCCACUCCCCUAACACCCUCUCCCCUACACUCUGGGCCAGAUUCGGAGGGAUGUUCUGAGCAACGUGGGAGGAGGAUGGGGUGUAUGAGGCAUGAGGGCAGGGCCUGGCCGGCAGAUUGACCUCCCCGAGAUGGAGCAAGGGGCCCGCGUGGACUUUGCCAUCUGGAGGGUGGCUCUGGUUCCAGUGUGCUUGGUCUCUCCCAGACUCUGGCUCUCCAGGCACAUGCACCAGCUGUGCAAAAACCGCCACCCACUGGCAUGAGCCCAGUCAUAGCUCCUGGAAAACUGAUGCCGCUGAUGCCCCUACCUCUGGAGCCCAGGGCCUUUGAACGGGUGAAGUACAGGCUGUGGCAGAAAGCUGGAGUUCUCUCCUUCUGAGGUUGGUCCAUAGGAUGAUUAAACCCACAAACUUGGCCUCCUCAGCACUGUGCUGUCUGCCAUUGAACUUUUAGGAUCCUUCCUUUUUGUGAGUAGGUGUGUUGAGAUGAACUUGAUUUUCAGAUGGCUGAUUUCUCCUUCAUGAUGGUGCCUACUUGGGGUAAGAUCCGAAAGUGUCCCUUUUUAGAAAUUUCUCUGGGGGGGGGGUGAUGGGGAAGCCCAUGACCUGGGGCUGAAGGCUGUCAUUGUGAGGUGCCAGUGCAUUUUUAGGAACCCCUUUCUGUGGCUCAGGAGCUGUCCACUCUCCAUUUCAGUGAGGCUUCGGACAGCAAUGGGGCAGAGGUGACCUGCCCUUUAAUUGUCAGUGACCACGCAAAACACACUGUCAACACUGCCCUCCCCACCCCCCACCUUCAUCCUCUUGGCCUCAGCACCAAACCACUUUUCCUCUGUGGUGCUUUAAAAAAAUGUAGCAAAAUUUUCUGGGGCCCAAAAGAGUGCACAGCCAGGGUCUAUUGGCAACCACAGCAGUUUAAAACCCACUGAGAAGACGAGCUUCUCACUGUCUAAACAGCCCUCCCAGGCAGGCAUUCGAGCCUCGCUCUUGGAAUGCCACCCUGCCUAGAGGCCGCACAUGACUUCUCAAGGCCCCCGCAGUCCUGGGCACUUGCCCGGGAACAUGCUUCAGGUUAGGAGGCUUGUGUUCUUAUCCCAGCGAGGCCACCAGCUUGGACAACUCAACCCUGUGGCUGGGGUUUUCUAUCCUUCCCCCUACCUCACAGGCCUACCGGAGGCUGACAGAGCUAAUGCCUGUGUGAUGCUUGAGGUAUCAGGAAGCCAGUGCAGUUGGCCCUUCAGAAGAUUCUUCUAGAAAUAUGUAGGUUAUAAGGGACCAGUUUGAUCAUAGGCCUUCAUACGACUCUGAUGUUGAGUCUCAACCUGGGGAGUCAGUCUCCUGCCAGUUGACCCUUUCGUCCCCUCCUCUUUCCCCCGAGAGCUCCCUGAUGCCAGAGGUGCUGACCAGGUGGCAUUCCACCUUUCCUUCCUUCCUCUUUUCCUCCCUCUGGGCCUCUAGCACCGCACUCCCGCCCUUCCUCACAAAGGCAUUUUUGGCCUCGAAGGCUGCUGCUUUUUCUGUGACGGAUGCUGGGGUCAGUCCUGUUUGGCCAUGUUGGAGGACCUGGGGCGGCCUGAGGCUUGGGGGCCAGUCCCUGCUCUCCUGGCAUUUCCUCAAGCCCAUGCCUGUCUGUGACCUGGGAGCACAGGAGAGGACGCUUAGCCCUGUGGGUCUCCUCCCCACUGAGCAGAGAGCCAGACGCGGGCCCCCGAUGACCGGAGCCAAAGAGAGGGUGCCCGGGGAUACCUGCCCACUUUGAUCCCCGUGAACCCUUCCCCGCCAAGCUGCUCAGCCAUUGGCAGCCGGGUGGUGGCAGGAACGAGUGGAAAGCUGGAGCCCAGCCUGAUGGAGGGCAGCCUGGGCUGCGUGGUUCAGGUGCUUUGCAGCUUUCUUUCCCGUGGGGUUGCCCCCGUGGCCUCUGGGAUGUUCUUUGCAGUAUAUCGUAGGAAAAAAAAAAGACUGUACAGUACACCAUGGUCAUAACUCCUCGCGGUGCACAUUUGGCUUUUAUGAACGCCCUGUACAUAUCUUUUCCAACUCUGUCUUUGUAUGGACGUGGAUUUGAUACAAUGCUAAAUCUGCAGUAGCCACAUUUUGUUGUUUUUGGACUUGUGUGUGUGUGUGUGUGUGUGUGUGUGUACACAUGUGCACGCUGCCUUUUCUCACGUGCUUAUCUGAAACAAUAGCCGUUGUGUGCGGCUAUAUUUGUACCAGGAGGGCUCCGGUCUGAAAGGAGGACUGUCACCUCCCAGGGCUAGGCAGCCUGGUGACAGGGCUCUGAGGGAGGAAAGCCGAGGUUAGCUGUGGGAGCCCUCCCAAGUGGCCACCUCCUGCCCCCACCUCAUGAAAAGCUUUGGAAGAUGAAACAGCCCCAUCCUGUGGGCCUCCCUGCUGUAGGACCCCCACUCACAUGUGGCUUUUGGAGCCGAGCCCCCAGCCUCAGCUCCUGGUCUCUGGGUGUCUGCAGCUGAAGGAAAUCUGAGUGCCCUGGUCUUUUUACUGCUUUUUUUUUUCCCCCCGAUGGACAGAAGUGUGACUAUUGACUUUGGGAAUGGCGGGGCUAAUUAUUUAGAUAGUUUUCAUUUAAAAAAAAAAAAAGAAAAGGCUUUAAACAAUUUUUUGGAAAGUGACUGUCACUUGUUUUCAACCAAACUCUUUUUAAGACUUUUUAAAACAAGAAUCACCAUCUUGUCCCUUCCCCACUCCUCCACAUCACCUGGGGUUUUCAGCACAAGAGAAUGAGUGGAGGGCACAGGUGCCCAGCGUGUGUGGCACGAGCACAGCCGCGUUGUGCCCCGGCUGAAGGACAUGCGAUGCAGCCACGCGGUCUGACCCAGGGACCAGGGGCUUCUCCUCCUUGCGAAUCCCACUGCCAUUAGUGUGAAUUCCUUAGGGUGCUUCGGAAAAUAGGAAUCAGCCUGAUUUGGUGGACUUUGUCUUUUUUGGUUGCCUGAAUAUGAGGGACUCAGGAAAGGAAAACAUCUUUUUUGUGAAGGAGUUGGAGCCAGAUGGUUCUUCUCUGGCUGGGGGUUGAUCUCCUCAACCAAAUGGCAUCCCACAAGAAGAAGAAAAUAACACUGCCUCUAGAUUGUUCUUUUGUGAGAGAGAGAGAGAUUACCAAGAGCGACUGUCUUGCUCACCUACGCUCUGUCUUUCUGGGAGUAUGGGAGUGUGUGUGUGUGUGUGUGUGUGUACUGUGUCUCCAGUGUGCCCUCAUGUUCAAGGCGAGAUGUGGAGCUGGGCAGUAAAGCUGCUGUCUAGGCUGCUUUUCAGCUUGACGAGCGACGAAGCUCCAUCGAGAUCGUGCCGAUUCAGAAACAAGCACAUCCUCCCCACUGAACUCUACUCAUACUAAUCAGUAUAAUUAGCUCAUUUAAAAGUACUGUAAUCAGACUGCCUGCAACUCUGGUAAAAGCCCAUUAAUUUGAAGCCCAUUAAUUCAAAACUUAGAGAAAAAUCACAACUUCAGUUAAUUCACAGGAUCUGCGAUUCUUCCUUAGUAGAAAUAUUUGAAAGAUUCUCCUCUUUAGUCAGUCUUCAGGGUCAUAUGAGUAAGCGGGAUCUAGUUUAAAAAGAGUACCUUUUUCAAAUAAAAGGCUCACGAUGCUAAGGAUCCCUUCACUGUGCCUUCAGCUUUGAGGCUCAGCAAUUCUCAUACAUGAGGCUCUUCGUGUACAGGACCAUCUCUUACUGUCUCUCUGCUGUGGGGAUGUUGGCUCGGGCAGCUUUUCAUUCGACUCCAUUAUUUACUCUAGAAAUAAAAUCAUUGUGAACUAAACUGCAAUUUAAAGUAAUAUAACUGUGCAUCUUGCUAAAUAGUCUGUAAAGCAGAUGUUUCGCUGACUGGCCUCUCCCAUCGUUCGCCCCCAAAUAUUAAAACGUCGUGAGCUUUUCCUUUCAUGGGCUGUGGGCGGUGAGUCUCUCUCAAGCAAGAAUUUCUCUGACAAAGAUAUCCAAACAGCACAGCACACCCCCUCAGGCUCAGUGCCUCAACAGUUGUUCCACUGUACUGAGAUAUGUGACCGCUGAACAGGGCCUGCCUGCCCUGGGCCCGCCCCAGCCCCAGCAUUAACACAGACAUUCAAGAUUGGGACAGAUCCCACAGCUGCUUUGGCCUCCCAAUCUGUCUCCCCUUAUGGACGCCACUUUCCCAGGCCUGACCACACCUGCUACUUCACUCUAUGAUCGUGAAUUUGUGACAGUGGAAACGCUGCAAUGUGCAACUGAGCUUCUAGACAUGAUGACUGUGAAAUGGAUUCAUUUUGGUACCGCUUUAAACUGUGCUUGUAUUCAUGUGCUGACCCAUGUCAGCUGGGAAAUCUGUAUAUUCAGUAAUAUGUCAGGACUUGACCAGAGCCUGGGGACAACAAACUUGCUUCUGAGUUCUUUCUCUCUCUCUCUCUUAUUCUAAUUGUUGAGUUUAGCCGUUAAGUUUUGUCUCGUUCUGUACCAGAAGAUAAUGGACAAUAAUAAA